AUGGCAUCACGCGUUAUCGAAUCAUUGACCCCUUCAGAGUAUUCACCUCUUCUUUCUGGUGAUCCUGAACCCACUCAUCAUCCACAGUCAACAUUUCCUCACAGUCCGGACGAGCGUCAUAUACGCAGUGAAGUCCCUAGAACGCUUGCACGUCGCUUGUAUAUCUCACACUUUCUAUCAACAUGGAACUCUCGCGUCUUUGAGUUUGGGGCUGUGCUCUACCUGGCUUCGAUUUAUCCGGGAACUCUGUUACCCAUGUCAGUUUAUGCCCUCUCCCGAGGUGUCGCAGCGAUUCUGUUUGCACCAGCGGUGGGCAAUUAUAUCGAUACUGGCAACCGGCUGCAAGUAGUUCGAGUCUCGAUCAUGCUACAAAGAGUCGUGGUUGCAGCCUCUUGCCUGAUCUUCUACCUGCUUGCAAUUGGUCUGCCGAUGCUCAGCACGAUAAAUGAUGUUUUGCUGGUAGUAUUAGCGCUCCUUGCAUGUGUUGAGAAGCUAUGCUCCAUUAUGAAUCUAGUAUCUGUUGAAAGAGACUGGGUUGUGGUUGUCGCAGGAAAUGAUCAUGAAGGCCUCAAGACCAUGAAUGCCCAAAUGCGCCGGAUCGAUCUCAUCUGCAAGCUCAUCGGGCCGCUCGUCAUAGCCUUAGUCGAUGGUGUCUCGACUAAGACUGCCAUCAUAUCCAAUCUGGGGAUGAACAUUUGUUCUGUGGUUUUUGAAUAUUUUUUGAUUGCCGCAGUAUACUAUGAGGUACCCGAACUCCAACAACCAAAGGCGAAAACAUACCUCGACUCGCCAAACAUGGAAUCCGACCAGCAAAACAGCAAAACGCGCCUCUGGCGCUACUGGCAUCGUCUCACACACAAGGCCCUCAGAGACUUCGAAUCCUACUUUCGUCACCCUGUCUUCCUCCCCUCAUUUGCCGGCGCUUUGCUAUAUCUGACUGUCCUCUCAUUUUCCGGGCAAAUGGUCACCUGGCUCUUAUCGACAGGCUACGACUCGACACAGGUUGGCAUCGCGAGAACCCUAGCCGUAGCAUUCGAAGUCCUCGCAACAUGGAUCGCUCCUUGGCUGAUGGGCAGAAUUAGUCCCACACGUGCGGGUCUAUGGUUCGCCAAUUGGCAGAUUGCAUCCCUGGUAGCUGGAAUGGCCAUCUUCUGGGUGUUCCACGACCAGCCUCUGAUCUCCGCAUCAGGACUCGUAGGAGGGACCAUCCUCAGCCGGGUCGGGUUGCGAGGCUUUGAUUUGUGCGUUCAGAUCCUCGUUCAGGAGUGCGUGGAAGCCGAAAACCGAGGAAGUUUCUCCUCGGUAGAGGCUGCGUGGCAGAAUGCGUUCGAGAUCGGUUCGUACGUCUCGACUAUUGUGUUUUCGAGACCGGAUCAGUUCGCAUGGCCAGCUCUUAUCAGUGUGGUUGCUGUUGGCCUUGCUGGGGUGCUUUAUGCGGUCUUUGUUCGCAUGCAGCGUGGCCAUUUGAUACAUGUGCCAACGUGGAUUGCAGCUCCGGGAAUGCUGCAACAAAUGAGGGAGAUGUGUAUUGAGAGGAUUUAUUCGUCGUCGGAGGUCUAG